GGUACUGAUAGGCGGAACUGACGGGCACUGAUAGGCGGCACUGAUGCACACUGAUAGGCGGCACUGACUGGCACUGAUAGGUGGCACUGAAUGGCACUGAUAGGUGGCACUCAUUGGCAGCACUGAUAGGUGGCACUGAUUGCAUUAAUAGGUGGCACUGAUGGGUGACACUGAAAGGAAGCUCAGAUGGGCACUGAUAUGUGACAUUGGUAUGCACUGGUAGGCACUGAUAUGUGGCAUGAUGUGGCACUGAUGGGCACUGGCACGUGGCACUGUUCAGCACUGACAGCUGGCACUGAUGGACACUACAGGUGGCACUUCUGGGGCCACACUGAUCAGGGCACACUGAUCAUCAUUGCCCUGAUGCGGCUAUCCUCUCCUCUCGAGCUGUCAGCAAGACAGCUCAUGAGGAGAGAAAUGCUGAUAACCGGCAUUUCCCUGUUUACAUGUGAUCAG